UGGAAGAGGGAGCCGCGUCUCCUCCUCCGUCUGACAGCGUUUAUCGAGGUCCUAUCAGCGCAGUAACUCCGCCUCCGCGCAAGGAAGCCAGAGGCAGCUGCUAAUGUAGCCAGCAGAUUGAGACAGACACAGAAUCAUUAAGCAAAACUAGGAUGAACUUGUUUGAAACCUAAAAUAAAAAGAACCAAUCUUUUUUCUUUGUUUUUAUUUUCAUGUGCGUCCGUUAUUCCUUUUUAAAAAUAUAUAUAUAUAUGACAGUAUUUUUCACCAUAUCAAAACAAAAGUGGAUUAAAAACUGAAGACUGGUUUACCAUUCUCUCAAGAUGCUGUUGGUUUCCCAGCGGGUAGAUGCACCUCGUAUGGAGCCACUACAAGGGUCAAUCAAGAGAAAGCUGGUGGAUGGUAGCUUGUCUGCAGUUAAUGGCAUCUCAGAUGGUAUGAUCCCAGGGAACAGCAAGAGACUCUGCCUUGAAGAUGUUACAUUGGCGAUGGGCCAAGGUUCCAACAACAGCAUGUCAAGGCCUGACCUGCAGAACUCUCCCUUUGCACCAAGCGCACCAGUAGCCAGCCAUUUAGGACAAAUGAAUGGCAAUGAUAUGGGCUCUCCUUUCUCCUCGGAGAUCAAGCAGAGCCCGGGGGGAAGACACAACAGCAUGCUUCCCUACGACUCCAAUGGCCCCCAGUCAGUUGAGCAAGAACUGCAAGAGCUCCUAGACGAACUGACCAAAAACCCAGACCCCUCUCUCAACGAGCUGGACCCCUCUCUCAAUGAGAUUUUGGACGAGCCGGUUAGCGUAGGCUUUAUGCACCCGGAUGCAAACGGCCCCCCCAAACGUUCCCCUCAGACCACCUCACACUUGGAGAACCACCUGACCAGCAAGGAGUUUUCCCCGGGUUUUAGUCAGGCCUCUGUGGGCUCGCCCCAAGUUGGUCCCCCUUCAGCUGGCACGCCAUACACCCUGCCACAUUCCUCCAAGCCUGUGCCAUUGGCCUUGUCUGCAAGCGGGCAGAAUCAAAGCCAGAGUCAAGCCCGCUCGCCCAUGCUCUCUGCCGCCUUGUCGAGUUGGCACGAGGUAUCGCACGCCCAGCAGUUGAAACAGAUGGCCGCCAGCAAGCACGGCUCCACGAACCAGCAACAGCAACAACAACAACAACAACAACAAGCAGCUCAGGUAUCCAACUGGCCACCUAUGCAGUCUUCGGGACCUUCUCCACCAUACAGGACAGAGAAACUGCCCAGUUCCUCCCCACACCAGCAGCCGUUCAGCCCGCAAAACACUCUGGCCAGCAAUAUUCACAGCCCUCAGAAUUCCUUGAUCUCCAAUAACCCCCCCUCCACUGGGCCCUCGCCUCCUUACAGACCUGAGAAGCUUGCUAGUCCAGCUCUGGGCCAGCCCCCCUUCAGCCCUCAGAACCCCAUGUUGCCCAACAUGACAGCCACAAGCCUUCCUAGCAACAGCAUCCAAAGCCCUCAAGCCAGCAUGCUCCCAAACCUGUCUUCCUCAAGCACAAGGCCAUCACCGCCUUACAGGCCUGACAAGCUUUCCAGCCCCACCAUUCAGCAACAUACCUUCAGCCCUCAAAACCCCAUGGCAACCAACGCCAGUAACCCAGCCGGCAACAUGCAGCUUUACAAGGCCAUGACUUCCACCCAGUCAAACAACCUGAACAUGAUGAUGUCUCAGCCUCAGUCAGCUCAGCAGCAGCAGCAGCAACAAGCAGCGCCACACGCCAGCGCUCUGCAACCUGGCAUGAUGAAUAAGAACACCAUGAACCAAGACCAUUACUCCUUUAACAACACCAAGCCGUUAAGCCAUUUCGACCCUGAUUCUCCCGGGAAGAUGGCGCCCAUGCCUGGAGGACCUGGUCAGCCUCCCUUGGCUCACUAUUUGCAGCAGCAGCAGCAGCCACAGCCGCCCCCCCAGGCCAGUCAUUCCCAAUUCCUGCAGCAGCAGCUACAGCAGCGCAUGCAGAGGAACAACAUGCAGCCUGGAGGGCUCUUGCCACCACACAGCAGACAGGAGCAGACUCCAGGCAUGGUACCCCGGCUCCAGGACCCCUCUUCAAUCCCCAGCGCCGGGACCAGAGCAGGGAUGGGGAACGGAUACAUGAAACACGCAGCGCUCAAACAGCAGCUCAUAAGAAAGCAGCAACAGCACCUACUGCAGGAGAAGCAGCGGCAGCUGGACCAGUUGAAUGGCAAUCGGAUGGAGUGUAAGGAGCAGGGCUUCCGAGGCCAGCAGCUCACACCGUUUCCAGGAGUAGCCAGGCCUCUGCCCCAAGACUGUGGGCACCCCAUGCCCAACCCUUCAGCCAACCCAGCCAUGAUGACCCACAACCCUGCCAUGCUUCCUAACCGGCUGGGCAUUCCUCCAGGCACCAUCCCCCAAAGCAGCCGGACGAUGGGUGUGUUCCCCAGCAACACGGGCAGCCAGCCUGGCCUGUACCACCCUGCCCACUCCGACUUCAACAUGCCCCACCGCAGCCGGGGCAUGCUGGGAAUGGGCAUCCCUACCCAGCCUGCAGUGCGCUCUGGGAUGCCAUCCUCCAGCUUCAACCAGCUGGCCAACACUCCGGCUCUCCAGCAACAAUUAAGACAAUCGCUGAGCCAGCAAGCCAGCGGCAUGCCACGGAUACCCAACGUCUCUGGGAUGCCACCUCAAAUGUGGGCAGCCCAACAAGGAGUUCCCAGGAUGCCCGGCGCCGGCCAAAUGGACCCAAGCUUGCAGCAGUUCCCAGGCAGCCCAAUGUUCUCCAAGGCACCCAUGAGGCCGGCUCUACCUUCUCAGUUUGUGCAAACUGGGGCACCGCCCAACCAGAUGGCACCAGGCUUGAUCAGGCACAUGCAAAAACUGAACCCUGCUCAGGGUAACCCCCUGGCCAACCAGCCAAUAAGGAACAGAGGACCGUUGACGGCUAUGGCUGGGAUGAAGCCAAUUCCGCCAAGCAUGGCCAGCCUGAGUCAAGUCCAUCACCCACCCCAAGGACUAGCACCUCCUAGCUACCCUUCCUCGGGGAAGCACACAGCAGCCUACAGCGGGGUGAGCCCCAAGCUGCCUCCCUACGAGUUUGUUCAGCAACAGAACAGCGGGCCCCUGCAAACCACAGGCGGGGAGGUGGACUUCAUUGACUCUUUCAUGGGUGAAGAGUGGAUGCAUCAUUUGAACGUGAUCGACGAGUACCUAGGACAGCACUCGUAAAAACAAUGCAGCUGUGGUCGGGAUGGGGGUACUUUGAGAUUUUUAGAACCACAUGAAUGAGACAUUGCUUUUGAAGGUCAACAUUCAAAAGCCUGUAUCAGGGUCGUGUCAUGGAUGUGUCACCUGUCUGAGCUUAUCUUCCCCUGGUGUCAUUGAAUCCUGAUGGGUGUAUGAACCAUAAAACAGUGUCUGGGUUGACUUCCAGAUGGCCGCAUUUCCAUCAGUCCCGGGCAGAUCCAGACUUCUGUAGCCACUUCAGUCCAGGGAUAGUCUUAAAGUAUUUAUUAUUGCCACUAAACAUUUAUUUAACAUGUUAAACCUGGACUGAAAUACUAGGCUGGAGUCGUCCUCCUUCUGAGUAAUAACCAAGGCUUUAAAAAAUACAAAAAUGUUCUUGCCUCCUGUUAGUAUAACAUAAUUCACCCUCGUUCAUUUAUAUGCUGUUGAUCUUCUCUAAUUUAUUUUCAAACUAAUUUAUCUUGCAACAACACUAUAACUACAAGUACUUGAGUUUCGUUGUCUCACCCCAUUCAUCUUCUUGUGUUACAGCUAAUAUGUCCCCACUUCCUGCCCCUUGGUUGUAAGGCUGAGGUGGGGUGUUAUCAUGUGAAACACAGGAUGUGACUGUGUGGUGUUAUGGCAGGAUAAAUCUGCUUCUAUCUGAAAAUAAAAAAAAAAGAUGAAACAGUAAAAAGGCAUUUGGGAGAAGGUUGCUCUGUCAAUAAGAAGUAAGACAUGUGUUUGUAAGCUUGGUGGUCACAGUUAAAAACAAAUCGCUAGGGGAGGGAGGGUGUGACUUUGGGAUCUUUUUCAGUUUUGUCUUUUAAGCUACAUUCAGGUUGAGCUUGAAACCUUUCCUCCUUAACCCAACUGUGUUUUGAUGUUGCCCAGGAGGUUAUUUUAGUAAACAACCCACAAUUGCAGGCGUCUCUGUGAACUGUAAACAAAGGAGGCCAGACGUUUCUGAAGGGAAAAAGUGCAACUCGUGUGGAUAUUGGACUAAAUGGGAAAGUGGCAUCAUUUGGAUAGGCUACAAUGCAGUAUAUACAAAAAGUAUAGCAGUUCAAAUAUCAGGUCGGUGUGCUGAAUUCAAAUGUGGAUAUCUUGAGUGGACUGCUUGAGGACCCUAACCCCUAGAGGGCAGUGUGACUUCACAGUCCAAACUUGCAUCACAGAUGUCAAAAUAUUGACGCAUAAAAAAAUAAAAAAUACGAAAAUUGAUAUGCCUGUGCUUACUUAUGAUAUUAAUUAUAAAUCAGAAGACAGACAUUCGUGUACCUUCUAUUUGAAUCCCCCCUUUUUCAGUCUGUCCAAAUUGAAAAAGUAAAAAUUAGAAACCGAAGAAAUGCUCCCCUAUCCCUCCAUACAGAAUAGCCUUGUUUCUGAGAUACCUACAGCUGAAAUGAUUGCUGUAUUAAUCAGUAAUUGUAGUCAUAGCUGUAGCAAGACUACUAAACAACAGCUCUAUUGUGUCUUCAUUUUGGUGAUGAUAUUUAAUUUACAUUACUGUCAAAAAGAAUCCGAAGUAACAGGGAGUCUCUAUGCUUGUUUAUGAAAAGGGCAUUUUAUUUUCUAUUAUUUUCCAUACCAUGACUGAAAAUGAAAACAAAAUGGGGGCACCCAUGCUAACUUCAUCAUUUUAAGUAUGUACUGGAGGAUGCAGACUAUACUUUGAUUGGGGCACCAAUGAAUCAUAUACUAGAAUAGCAUUUACACUUUUUAUCUCCCAGGAAGAUAAUUAAAAAAAGGCAUUAUUAUAAAAAGUUAGUUGUCGAAGCCACAAUGUAUCAAAUUAUCCAUUAUUCUCCCACCAGUUUUGCAAGCUUUUAUUUAAGCAUUAAUGCCCAGCGACAGUUGUGCCGUGCCGAAGGUCAGUUUUCUACCGGUAAUGACUGCUGUGCAGCAUAUUAACCUUUUACUGCCCUGGGUAUGUUCCAAUUCCUAUUUAUUGCCUAUUGUCAAAUAUAUUGGACACUGGGCAGCAAAGGGUUAAUGCUACUACUAGCCCGUUCAUUUUGUUGUGUGUAUGAAUGCAAGUUUGACGUGAUGUUUCACUGCCCUUUGGUUUGGAUCAGGAAACCCCAAUGAGCUGCAGGUGGGUUCUGCAUUGAAGUUUCAUUGCAAGUCACUGAACUGGCUUUGCUGAGGUUAUGAGAAGAUGAUACAGAUCGCUGCCAAACUGCUAAAGGGGAAAACAAAGAGACACAAGUCAGCCAUUCUUUGAAACUCAACACUCAAGAUCCCCUAUCCAAUUCUCUAUGGUUGUUACACAGCCCGAAGUUUCAAGUAAACACAUAUCCUCCAAGAUCGUUGGCAGGAUAGCGUGAUACCAGAAGAAUGGCUCUCCUUGAAGUUUUAGUGAGGGAUUAUCCUUUAUAUAAAGGUGUGUUGAGUAGAUUUGGAAUAGGAUCAGACCCUCAUGGGCUUUUAAAGUUUUUUUACGGCAGGGUUCUGUAUAAUGCUUCCCCCGUUAGAUAGGAAAGAUGAGCACAGUCGGGAUGGUUGUUUGUUGAUCAGCAUCUUGCUUUUUGAGAGCAAACAAGGAGGAAUGGAUCUCAAUGUGAAGGUCUAACAUUUCAGAACUCUUCAACCUGCAAAAACAACAAGGCUUAAAAAACAUUUCUUACCUCCCAGUAGCAUUAACAGGCUCACUGUGUCCUUACUGUUUUUCAGGUAAAGCCCAUUCAUCCUGGCACAGCACUAUAAGUUUCACUUCCAUCCUGUGUUGCAGGUAAUAGGACCCCUCCCGAGUCUUACACUUGCUGCCUGUACAAGCAGGGACAGAAGGGGGAUCCUAUUUCUUGUUACACAGGAAGCAAGCGAAUGGGGGACAGGAAACCAAGUACUUGUGUUAACCUGUAGUGCUGUGCAAGGAAAAAUAGAUGAAAAUAAAGAAGGGGGGGGAUUAUGCUAAUGAGCGGUAAGGAUUUUUUUAUACUUUUUUUAAAUCCUUUUAUCCUCCAAACAGUUUUUGACAAGCAACAACAAUAUAAUCUAUGUGAAGAAAGACCAUUCUUUGAAAAGAUAUGUAUGAAUUAAAGUAGGUUGCAGGGGGGACACUUUAGUUGUCGGAAACAGGCGAUUCCACAGGAAAGGGCAUUAAAGGGUGAUGCUUGGAAACUGUUGCUAUAACAACUUGUCUACAGCACCAAAUUCACCAUGGCAAUGUAAAACGUACUUGUAAUCUCGACACGCUUGAGUUCACAGGUGACUGGUCAAAGCCAGUAUAGAAGUGUGCUACCCGCUGCAAUGACAUUUAUUGUGGACAUUUAACAGAUGAUUGUAAAUAUUAAACUAUUUUGUAAAUUAUGUUUUUUUUUUCUUAAGCUAUGUGUGUAAGAGAAGUACAGUGUAUAUACUUCUUGGCUGAAAUCGUUUGUAAAUAAAAAAAAAAAAAAAAAAAAAAA